AUGCUUUUACAAACAACGAGCACCUUGAAAAUCGGAGGAACAAUGCUAAUUCUAAAACGUGAACUAAACACUAAUGCGAUAUUACCCAAGACUCACUUUUUGUGCGAAAAACCGUGGAACAAUGCAGAAGCCCGUUGGGCGGCACGGCCAUGUGCAGAAACACACAUCAGUGGACGCAUCGCGAAGCAAAGACGGCUGCAAACGAACCGUCGGUACGAACAGCACCAUCGACCUGCUAAGACUACCGCACUCUGUUAAUUUAAAUAUGUUAUACAAAAACAAGAACAGCAGAAAAUAUGUUUUGGAUCAGGAUGUGCUCGUGACACUUCAAAAAAGAAUAUGAGCCCAUUUAUGAGACAUUAUACAUUAGAAGAUCAUCCAAAUGUAGCACCUAAUUCGUACGAUGUUUUGAAAUCAUUUAAAUCAAUUAUAACUAAGCCCUGUUCCUAUAGCAUCAGUAAAAAAGGUUACAGUGGCGUUGCUAGAUUUGCUAUAAAAAAGGAACUCAGAGAUCAUUACCCAUCACCGUUAGAUUACAAUACUUUCACGUUUCCUAAGAUAACACACAAAUCAAAGUAUCCAUUUGAUUCGAACAGUAAAAGACAGACGUUUAUUAGCAAUACAAUUCCAGGUCCAGGAAUGUAUGUUAGUAUUAAAAGAAAGGAACCCAUAUUAGAACAUAGUUUUGGUGGUAGAGUGAAAAUGAAACUUGGAGUGAAUCUUAAAUGUUGUAGUCGAAACACAGAUAUUUGCAAGAUAUGUGGGAAGAAACCAAUUGGCGAUUAUUGGCAAUUACAAAAUGAAAUAUCUUUAUGUAGAUCGUGCAUGAAUAAAAAAUAUGAGAAGGAAACAAGAUUCAAUCGAAGAAAAUUAGAAAAAUUCCAGAAAAUACGGGACUGUUCAAUCAUGCAUCAACAUGACACUACAACUGCAAAAAUAUGGUUGAUGCAUCCUAAAGGAGCUAUACAAUGGAUACGAAAGGAAGCUUAUCUUUCUACUUACUUCAAUGAAUAA